CAUGUCCUCGGCAAGUUGCAUUGCAUGACUGAAAGAGAGAGCAGCAGUUCAACGUGUGGAUCUUCUCUACUAAAAAGAUGUCCUCCAACUCAUCGGCUUACGGAGGCUCCUCCUCGUCCUCCUCCGCUGCCAUCUUGACCGAGCAGUUUUCCAAUGGCGCUCUCCGUCUUGUAUCCGUUGCGAGUCCUGCGGUUGCUUGGUCUGCUGUCGGCUUGCCAUUCGAUGUCAUCCGCCAUCGGUUACAGGUUUCCAGUACGUCCGUCAUUAUGGCCUACGCUUAAUUAUUAUCUUUGUUUGUUUUCCAGCAUUUUGGUCUUGGAACUGUCCCAUGAAAAUACGGAAAUAUCAAGGUCGUGGAUGAUCCCAAGAUGGCUUUGGAUCGCGAGCUCUAAUGUACCAAGUAUCAGAGGACCGAUCGACUGUCUCCAGUAUACGAUAAGAACCGAAGGCGUGCGAGCAUUGUGGUCGGGAUUGUUGCCCACUCUGUUGAUGCAGGUUCCCUACGCGACGAUCAUGUUCGGGACUUUUGAGACAUUUCGUCCUUCUAAAAAAAGAAUAAGGGAGCAAAGCCAAAGCAAUGAGCAGGGCAACACAAGAACUUACUACUCCAAAGUUUUCUUAGCAGGAAGUGCUGCGGGUGUUCCUUUGACCGUCCUAGCAAACCCUUUGGACGUUUGGAGGACCAGGGUGCAGACGAUGGGCUUUACGACAAGUACUUCUGGUUCGUUGGCGAAUAGCAGUGUAGUUAAGGUAGACGCUCCCCCUACUGCUGCAUCAUCUUCGUCUUCUUCACGACAGCAGACCUGCACUACCAGAACUUCUGGUGCAAGCGCAGCUUCAGCUUCCUCAUCUUCUAGAAGUAGGAGCAUUUUCAAAGCCCUACAGCUUGAGAAAAGACUACUCGCGAGAGGCUCGAGUAUGACCUUAAUCCGCAACGGUCCAGGGAAUGGGUUCUUCUUUCUCUUUAAUGAAGUUUUAAACGAUAUUCAACUGCCGAUCCAGAAUGUGAGUCUCAAGAAAUUUGUCACUGGCGGACUGACUGGCAUCUUGUUCAACAUCUUGCUGCAUCCUGUGGACGUGGUUAAAGCAAGACUGAUGGUAAGCGAUGUAAAGACGAUAUCGCAAGUGGUUGCUGAAGUUUACAAGGAUAUGGGCUUCAGAGGAUUUUUUAGAGGAGUUUCGGUGGUAUGCCUGAAAGCGGGGCCAGUGAAUGCUGCUGGUUUUUGGCUUUUGCAUGAGGUCCAGCGAGGCUUGGGGUUGUCCUUGUCUUCUGCCGGGAAGACGGGUGUAGCUGCUGGAUCAGGAGAUAAUGGUCAUAAGAAGUAAGAAUUACCGUCCACGCAUUCAUCGAGAAGCCGCUGUCAGGGCACAAACGAUGAGAAUCAAAUUUGGCCGAGUAAGCAGGAGCUCAGGGUUUGCAUGCACACAGACAAAAGCGCUAGGACCUCAGAAUCCGAUGUUCGUCGAGGAACAAGAGACAAGUUGCACGAAGGAAAUGAAGUGAGGGUUGAGUUAGUUUCGCGUGGUUUUGUCACACGCUUUUGCUUUUCGCAAAAAUGUACUUACGUGGUUUCAGUGAGUGGUUUUGGCUGGCAGUGACGGCCCUGCACGUAAUAGUUGUGUUUUGAGUUCGCCGCCAGUUGAUAGUUUUAGAAGAUGGUGAUUUCAGCUUGCAGGAAGUUGUUAAAGCUGUGGUCUCAAUACUUAUAAGCUUGUACAAAAACUACAUGUUUCCGAAUUUAUCCAGAAUGAACGAAGUGGUGGUGGUGAUUUUUUGUCUGUGGGUGGCACACGAAUCAAAUGAACACAAAUCGAAUGUAUCGAUGAUAACAGCACAAGUCAGUGCCUAUUGUCCUUCUUUUAGUUCCUGUUGUGAGAGACAUUAAUCCGGAAAGCCGAGGGGACCAGUGUGUUGUGCAUCCAUCCGGAAAUUGCAGUGUCGAAGGCCAAUGGCAUCCAUUGGCAUCCAUCAUAAGCUUCAAACACCUGAUUCCUG